CCCUCCCCCCUCUCGCCAUGCUGCCCUCGCACCUCAACGGCCACUCCCCGCUCGCGCGCCGCCGUCCCCAGCUCCCCGCGGCCUCCCCGCCCGCCACCGCCGGGGACCCCCCGGCGGCGGCGGGGGACGCCGCGCUGGAGGCGCACGACCGCGUCUACUUCCAGUCCUACUCCCACAUCGGCAUCCACGAGUCCAUGAUCAAGGACAGGGUCAGGACCGACGCGUACCGCGAGGCAAUCAUGCUCCACCAGAAGUUCAUCGAGGGGAAGGUUGUGAUGGAUGUGGGGUGUGGCACUGGGAUACUCUCGGUCUUCUGCGCUCGUGCCGGCGCGAAACGAGUUUAUGCUGUGGAUGCUAGUGAAAUCGCCACCCAGGCCAGUGAAAUUGUAAAAGCAAACAGUUUAGCUGAUAAGAUCAUUGUCAUUCAUGGACGUGUUGAGGAUGUUGAUGUUGAGGAGAAGGUUGAUGUAAUAAUAUCAGAAUGGAUGGGUUAUAUGCUUCUUUACGAGAGUAUGCUGCCAAGUGUUCUAUUUGCAAGGGAUAAAUGGCUUAAGCCAGGGGGUCUUAUCCUGCCUUCUCAUGCUACGCUUUUCAUGGCGCCUAUAACAAAUUCUGAUAGAUAUGAAGGAAGCGUUGAUUUCUGGUGUGAUGUUUAUGGCAUAAACAUGUCUGCUCUUGUGCCACUUGCCAAAAAAUUCGCAUCCGAGGAGCCCUCCAUUGAAAUAGUUGGUGGAGAAAAUGUUAUAAGUUGGCCAUUUGUGGUGAAGCACAUUGAUUGCUACACUUUUACGGUUGAGGAAUUCAAGUCUAUCACCACAACAUACAAAGUUUCAUCAAUGAUGUUAGCUCCAAUUCACGGCUUUGGUCUCUGGUUUGAGGUGGAGUUCAAUGGGCCUGCAGAGUCUUGUAGCAAUUUGUCCUCCGAUUCAAGUCCACUUGAUAUUAUUCAGAAGAAAAGGCGCAGGGCAUCAGAUAGCACAGUUGUGCUGUCCACAGCCCCAGAAGACGAGCCAACCCAUUGGCACCAGACAAUUUUGUACUUCCCUGAUCCUAUAGGGGUGACGCAAGAUCAAAUCAUAGAAGGCUCUGUAACAAUCACCCCGAGCGAGGAGAAUCCACGCUGUCUGAAUAUUCACUUGGAGUGCUCCACGGGAGGUCAAAACUUGGUGAAGGAUUUUGCAAUGCGGUAAUCGGCGUGGUCCCUCAACCUGUCAGCUCAAUUCCGCGGUAACUAGCCAAUGGGCCCAAGGCCUAAUCCACAUUCCUCACUGACCCGAACCUGGCUCAAGACCUGGCUGUACUCUCUACUCAAUUGGUUCAAAAAAUAUAUCCAUGUUACUUAGGAGGCACAGGGCCAGGAUUUUUUGGUCGAAACAAGUUGCAGGCAGCCGUCCAGUACUUUUGUUAUUGUCUGGUAAUCACUUGUUUUUGCUGUAACAGUAGAUGAAGGCGGUAGUUUGCCUUGGUAUGCUAACUGGCUGCAACAUUUUUUUUUGAGAUUAUGUUGAAUUGCAAUUUUGGCGUGAGCUGUUUUAGUCGCUGUUGACAUUGAUUU